GCAUCACGACGCCUCGGGCCCACCAGCAGCACAGGAUAUGGAGGCUCUUGAAGUUGAUGACAUUAGCCCUGCCUUGGAAGUGACUGAAGACUUUUUCAAUAGUUUUGAUACUAAGCUUGAAAAGAUUGUGCAGCCCUCUGACGUGUACGGUGUACAGGAGGUCCCCGAACUGGUUGGGCAUGAAGUAUUUGAUCAAAUAGCAGAGAGCAGGAAUCUGAGGAACGUCACCUCCUUAGCCAAAAGUAGCCUCAUCUGGGAUCACUGCAAAAAUGGCCUCUUGGAAACCAAAGCUCAGACAGCAUUCCCGGCCAAAGACCAGCGCGUGGUGCAGAGGGGAACAGCUGCUGACAACCUUGCUUGGGCAGGGGAAGGGGAGACUGCAGCUUUUAACAUCUUCAAUAUCUGCCAGCGGAGGAGAGACAGGCCUCGCUCAGUGAACGACAUCCUGGUGCAGAAUGAGGAAGCCUCCACAUUCAGGCCGGGACACAACAGGUCACGCUCCGAUAUCAGCCAUGUAAACUGGGGAGUGGUCUUCACGGGCACCUCCCCGCAGCAGCCACCUGCGCCUGGUCAGGACAAUAACUGUGCUCUGCUCUCUUACCUGGCGUUAACCAAGGGAGAGGACAUCCAAGGAAACACAGAACAGAAGCCAAUGUUCCCAAAUACUCUGAAGAAGGGAUACUUAGAAAUUAGAAGAGACAAUGACAGCUGCUGGCAAACCUGUUACGCUGAGCUCUCCCCGUACAAACUGUACCUGUAUUGCUUGGACAGCAGUGGCAACCAGACUCUUCCCACCGUGUAUCCACUCAUGCGCUUUCAAAGGGUCACUGUUACUGGUUGCAUUGAAACCAAGGUGGUGGACGCUGUCCUUUCAGACAACUCGCAGCUACAGCUGAAGGCAGAGUCCUCAUGGGAGGCUUUGGACUGGGGACAGAAACUCUGGGAAAUGGUGCGUGCUUCUGUGCCUGCUUUCACGAGACAGCAGGAGAAACUGGAGAAUGUGCCAAAGCCUGACAAUAACAGUGACCUUUCUCAAACCAAUGGAUUGUUAGAGAAGCCUAUGGAGCUCUUCCUAUCCAUGAAUUUGACUGAAAACACUAAAGAGUACCAAAAUAUUCUCAAAUCAGGGACUCUUUAUAGGUUAACUGUCCAGAAUAACUGGAAGGCAUUUACUUUUGUCUUGAACAGGUCUUAUCUCAUGGCAUUCCAACCGGGUAGGCUUGAUGAAGAUCCUCUGCUGAGCUACAAUGUCGAUGUGUGCCUGUCGGUCCAGACGGAUACUCAGGAUGGCUGUGACUCUUGCUUUCAGGUCAUUUUUCCUCAAGAUGUCCUCCGCCUGCGUGCAGAGACCCGUCAGAGGGCCCAGGAGUGGAUGGAGGCACUGAGAGCAGCAGCCAAUGCUACUAGAAGUUUAACUCAGAACCCACAGGUCACACUUAGGAACAAACCUGGACAUCGGCCCUUUGGAGACGAUCUUAGAAAGAGCAAGCGGCAAUCUGUGACCACCAGCUUCCUGAGCAUCCUGACCACGCUGUCUCUAGAGAGAGGGCUCACUGUUCAGAGCUUCAAGUGUGCAGGCUGUCAGCGCUCCAUAGGCUUGUCCAAUGGGAAAGCCAAGGUGUGCAGCUACAGUGGAUGGUAUUACUGCAGCACCUGCCACGUGGAUGACAGCUUCCUCAUCCCUGCACGGCUGGUUCAUAACUGGGACACUUCCAAAUACAAGGUAUCGAAGCAAGCCAAAGAGUUCCUGGAAUAUGUUUAUGAGGAGCCAUUGAUUGAUAUCCAGCAGGAAAAUCCCAUGUUGUACAAGCAUGUUGAACCUCUGGCAACUGUUGUCCGCCUGAGACAGCAACUAAAAUCUCUCCGAGCCUAUUUGUUCAGCUGCAGAGCAGCAGUGGCUGAAGAUCUGCGUAGAAGGAUCUUUCCCAGAGAGUAUCUUCUCCAGCAAAUCCAUCUUUAUUCUCUCGCAGACCUUCAGCAGGUUAUUGAAGGAAAGCUGGCUCCUUUCUUGGGGAAAGUGAUCAAGUUUGCCACCUCUCAUGUGUACAGCUGCAGCCUUUGCAGUCAAAAAGGUUUCAUCUGUGAGAUUUGCAAUAAUGGAGAAAUCCUUUACCCCUUUGAGGACAUUUCUACAAGCAGGUGUGAAAGCUGUGGUGCUGUCUUCCACUCUGAGUGCAAAGUGAAGGCUGUACCAUGCCCCAGGUGUGUGCGUAAAGAAUUGCAGAAGAAGCAGAAAUCCUUCUGGAGGCGACUGAAUAUGGAUGAAAACUUCGAAGAGUCUUGCAACAUGUUUGAGUUGUCAUAUCAGAACACAUGA